ACCAAAGUUAAGGAUUAAGCGGGUCUCCUUCGAGAGGAACAAAAGCGACAUAGUGACACUCUGCUUUAUUUUAAUUUUAUUUUUUGUAAAGAUUAUCAACAGUCUACACAUUCCCAGAAGCUCCGAGGACACAUUUUGGCAAGAGAAAAAAUAUUUGAUUCAUUUUGAGUCUGGAGGCAUGUGGCUUAUGACCUCUUUCAAGGAAUAAGUAACACAACAGGAGAAAAGACGUACACUAAGACUACUGCGAUUGCAACUUUGGCUUUAUGACUUUUUCUCCUUUGCGGUUGGAGCUGCCGUCGCUGGUCAGUUUUGGAAAGUUUCUCGAUGGCGUAGGUGGUGGCGAGACUUUUUAAAACACCUUAAGGAUUUAUUGGCCUAUUCAAAAGGGAUGCGCAUUCGUUUUAUGUGCAUUAAAGAAACUGGAGUGUGCAAAGUACACUGAAACCCAACCGUCGUAACUUUUGGAUGAGGGUAAUGCGGCGUAAAUACGGCGUCUAGAAGGAUGCUGCUGCUUGUACAAUGGAAGUAAAGAACUCUUUUACUUUUCUUGCGUUGGUUUGUCUUUUCUUCUGCUCCGGUUUCAGUCAAGAACUCAACCCCAAAGGCAGGAAUGUGUGCAAAGUACCCGGAUCAUCAACACCAGUGUGCUGCAGUGGAUGGGGGCAGCUAGGAACUGAAUGUCUGACACCCCUCUGUGAAGGCAACUUCACCUGCAAGGACAAUGAGGUGUGUGUCAGGCCAAAUGAAUGCCGUUGUCGUCAUGGAUACUUUGGAGCUAGCUGUAACACCAAAUGCCCUGCAGAGUACUGGGGACCAGACUGCAAGGGAGAAUGUCACUGUUACCCCAAUGGCCAGUGCGAUGAUUUGACCGGCGAGUGCACCUGCAACCACAAUCGCUGGGGACCUAAGUGCGAGAAUGUUUGUCUUUGUCAGAAGGGCAAGUGUGACCAAGAAACAGGAAAAUGCACAUGCUAUCCUGGCUUCUGGGGUCCUCAGUGCAACAACAACUGCUACUGCAGCAUCAAUUCAAUCUGUGAUGUGAUGACAGGGCGAUGCUUGUGCAACCCUGGCUGGACUGGGAGGAACUGUGCACUCCAGUGUAACUGUAACAAUUCACCAUGCGACCAGUUCUCGGGACGCUGCCAGUGCAGGGAGAGGCUUUGGGGUCCACGCUGUGAGCGAAACUGCCAGUGCCUCUAUGGCAAGUGUAACCAGGCUGAUGGUUCAUGUACCUGUCUGCCUGGGUACCGUGGGAAGUUCUGCAGGGAGCCAUGUCCUGCUGGAUUUUAUGGUCAAAACUGCAGGAUCAGGUGUGGGCACUGCAAAGGCCAGCAGCCCUGUAAAGUGACAGGAGGAAGCUGUAUUACAUGUGAGAGAGGAUGGAAUGGGACUCGGUGUGAUCAGCUCUGCGCCAAGGGCUUUUUUGGUGAAAACUGCCAGGAAGUGUGUCCUACAUGUAAAGAUGGUCACCACUGUGAGCCCAUCUAUGGCAAGUGUUCGCACUGUAACCCUGGCUGGAUUGGGGACAGGUGUGAGGUGCGCUGCCCCAAUGGCACAUAUGGCGAGAACUGUGAAAACAACUGCAGUCAUUGUUUUAAUGGCAUCUGUCAUGUUGUUACCGGAGAGUGCCUCUGUGACCCCGGGUUUUAUGGCACAUACUGCAAUAUGACCUGUCCAACUGGCCAGUAUGGAAUCAACUGUAACCAGACAUGCUCUUGCCAUGACAAGAACUGUGAUCCUGUGUCUGGUGCCUGCUAUCUCCAGCCCAACCAGCGGAUGGGUGUGAUUGCAGCUGGGACCUUGGUCUCCUUUUUACUGAUUGUCCUCCUCUCACUGCUAUGCUGCUGCUGCCUCUGUCGGCACAAAGACAACCACAACAAAAAAGCCAAACGGAUCUUGUGUGGACGAUUCAGCAGAAUCAGCACUAAACUUCCCCGUAUUCCACUGAGGAGACAGAAACUGCCCAAAGUAGUCGUAGCCCACCAUGACCCAGAGAACACCUUCAACUGCAGCUUCAUUGGGCCCCCCUCUGUGGCUGAACAGCACUCCCCCUCCUCCUGGUCAUCCCAGGGGUCCUUCUCUUCUUUUGAGAGCGGAGAUGAGGGGCCAGUUUACUGUGUUCCGCAUGAAGAAUCCAUGAAUGACAAGCGAAGCCCCAGCCCAGCAGCAGAGAAGCCAGAAGCUGUCCCUGAUGAAGAUGACGCUGGUGAAUACACCUCCCUGAAAGACACAAGUGUAACCAAAACAGAAGGCAGUGAGCCACAGUAUGCCUUGGUCGCCCGCCUCUCCAAGCAGUCGAAGGAGGAUGAGAACAGUGGCAAGGAUAGAGAUGGCACUCCUAUAUUAGAGGCCAAGCGCAAUGGAAAGCCACCACCUUCACCUGGCAAGCCCAAACCACGGCCACCAGACCCAUCCACUAAACCCAAGGUGUCGUGGAUACACGGGAAUACCACAGGGUCUCCCCAGCCUGAACAGCAGGGGGGAAUUAAGGCACUUGCAGUGUCAAAGGAGAAAAAGAGAAGUUCAAGUGAUGGCUCAUCUAAGAGUGAAGAGUGGCAAAGAAUAAAGGAAAAGCAUCAUGACCGACAGAAGAUACAGGAGGGGCAGGAGGCAGAUGCCAGUGGCUCCCCUAAAAAACACAAACCUCUGCGAGGUAAAAAGUCUGGGGAUGAGCACGGCAGUCCCUGUCACAUGGAGCACAUCAAUUGUGUUGUUCAGAGUGCCCUCAAGAAGAUAAGUAAUUUUCACAGCUCCUCACCUGAAAAGAAAAGUGUUGAUAGUUCAAAGCAGACCCCUAAGGAGCCACCCAAGAGCCCAAAGGUCAUCCAUCCUCAUAUGAACUCAGAGGCUGCUACGCUGCUUGCCGCUCAGCUCAAGGAAAAAACCCAAAGCAUCAACAGGAAUGAGGGAACAGGGCUGACAAAGACCAAUGGUCUGUCCACACCAAGGGCAAACCGGGAGAAGCCCACACCUCCACAGAAAGCCAAAAGAACCGGCUCCACUGGAUUGAGCCAGAUUGAGCAAGGCUCCACCAAACCCCAGCUGCCCACCUCAAGUAGCCUACAGAAAAUGGUGGCACCUGUAAAAACCAACCUUGGGACCCCUGAAGCCAAGAGCCCGGAAAAGCAGGACUUGAACGGCUCCAGGACAGGGGACCCACUGGAUCCUACACCAAAGAAGACUCCCAUAAAAAAACCACCCAGGAAGAAAGGAAAGGAAGGUACUUUGGAUACAUCUGAAAGUAAAACACCACAGCAAAAGACAGCUAUUAUGCCACCACAGGUUGUGAAAUAAGCGUUUUUGAACUACAAAUUGCACAAAGUUUAUGAUGGAUUUGCAAAAGACUAAAAUUUGUUGGAAGUUUAACCACAACAUAGUUUUUUGGUCAAGGAAUUGUAAUUUUACUGUUAGAGUUUAGGGCAAAUCCAGGACCAGUCAAGAGUAAGAAGUGCUUAAAAUCAAGAGGAACAGUUGAGUCAUAUUGGUAAGGUGUAUUAUAAUAACCUAUAUACACCAUUGUAUUAUGUUUCAAGAGUCCUUUUAAAGUAACAACUAUAUAUCAGCCUCACACCACAACCUGUGCCUAAACUGGACACAACUGUGAGAACAGUGGUGCAAAACCAUAAUCCGAAGUUCAUUCAUUUCUUUUAUUCUGCAGUAUGUCCACCACUAUACUUUGCUUAUAUGCUUAGACAUCCAUAAGAUUUUUUUUCUUUCAGUUCUACCACUGGCUUGUAUGGCAACCCUUACACUGUAUCAUAAAAAGUUUUGAAAAAUUAAACUCUGUACAAAGGGACAGAGGAUUAUCCCUAUUCAAAGUUUCAUCUCAGUGAAUAAACACUCUAGGACCACCAGCUGGUCAAAUUGCAAGAUUUUAACCUUUAAAGUACAUCCCCAUUUUUUUUUCUUAAAAAGGUAUAGUUGAAGUUCUUAGGAUUGGGUUGUCUUCAGAACAUGGUGUCAUCAUUAUCUGUCAUGUGGUAUUUUUUAAAAAAGCUUCAAAAUUGACACUAAAAAACUUACUGAGUAGUAAAUGAGUUAUUAUAUGCAUUUUUUUAAUUUAAGGGCAAUGAGUUUUCAUUUGAUUUAUUAAAACCAAAAGAGUUCCAUGGACUUGAGACCCCCUUUUGAAAAACUGCGCUUUAUUAAUAUUUUUUCAGUUUUUUCCUACCUUCACCAAAGUGCAUAGAGAUAACUAUACACCAAAAGUCAUGAGAUUUUUUUCUGUGCCUGUUUAUUGCAGUCAAUCAGAAUUUUCAAACAGGAAGUGAAGUCAUAACAUAACCAAAAAUAAGGUUUUACAUCCUUCCAAGAACAUGGCCACUGAACUUGGACACACCUAUAGUGUGACACAAAACUUGGUGUUAGGACUUCAGGUUUUCCAAAAUUUAAAUUGCAUAAUUUGAUGACUGGGGUUGCCGAAUUAGGCAAAAACACAUUUUUCCUACAUGACCUUGCAGCCACAGACUUAGCAUGAUUGGAUUGAAUUGAUAUAAUGUCUCCAGCCUAUUUUACUGUUUGGCUGCCUCAUAUUUGCCUGCAGAUAUAUUUACGAAUUGAAUAUGAAUUGCUGUUGACGUUAGAUAACUAAUUUGCCAUCCAGGUGUCAGAAAAAUAGCUAUUCUAUAUAUGCUAUCCACAGGUACUAAAGGUACUAAAAAUAACCAAAAACUGGUCCUCAGAGUAUACAAAGCUACUUUUUUAUUUAUUUUUUUCCCCCAAUUAGAUGUACCAACACACAGGAAUACAGAUCUGCACCUGAAUUAGUUUAGGAUAUAAUCCUCAUCUCUUUUAUGUAUUUUAGAUAAGGGUCUAUUUGAUGUUGAUUCUUAAAAGAAACACUUUAAUUUAUGCUGUAUUUGCUGCAGAACAGCAUCUCUACCAAAAGAAAGUUCAUUUUAAAUUAUAAAAUUUUACUCUCCAAGCUUUUAACGAUGUUAUUCUUCACAUCUAAAUUUGAAAUUUUGACACACAAGUACACGUGAAAUACUACAUUUAGAAUCACCUAACGAAAUUAUCCGUACUUAUGAGACAGAUUUAAUUCCGCUUUGAGCGUUGUUACUGCUUUUAAUCCUUUUCCGUACAGAAAUAAAGUAUUUAGGGAUUUUCAGCCUUUUGCUCUCCUUUGUCCAGCUAUUUCAUAUACAUGGCUUUUCCAUACUUCUGCUUAACCCAAGCCAUCAUAAUGUGCUCUUACUGUAUGUUUUAUUCAGUCAGCUAAACCACUAAACCAAAAAUGAAACCCCAAAGCACACCUCAUUUUAUUUCAUGCUUAUUAUUCACUUUGAAUUCACUUACUUUCUGUGUGAUAGAGAAUCAUUUUUAGUUUUGUAUGCUUUAUUUAAAAAAAGCAUACCAUUAUAUGCUAUCGUCCUAUUAAUCAGAAGUAAAAUAUAGUUUUGUUCAAAUAUUCACCACUAGUGGCAUUCUUUACAGAUCAGACUACAGAAGAAGUCUGCCAUGUGUUUCUGUGUACUUUCAGUUUAGUCAAAAAGUGAGGUUGAUAUCGCGUCAAAGGUAUUUUCAUUUCAAAUUACGUUGUGUUAUGCCACCUGGGUACUUUCUGGAACUAAAUCUUGACUAAGAUCUUUUCUACCUUAAAGGAUCAGAUCAUCUUAAGCUAUCAGAACCAUGCUAAAAUAAAAAGGUGUAGACUGUAAGACUAGAUGGUACUCGGGUCUUAUAAUUUGCCUCAACUGUGGAUCGGUUUAAGUGAAAAAAGCUAUUUUUGCCUAAUGCUAUUGCCAGUCUCUAUUUUAACUGCUGAUCCUAAAAUACAUACACAAAAAAUGGUAUUGGAGUGAAAUACUCAAACUGGAAUAAUUCAAUUUUUCUUCAAGAUACACACGUGAAAAUAACUGUCACAAUAUGAGCUAUAAAUAAUGGAUAAUGGAUUAAAAUAAGCAGAAAGUUAUACCAACGUGCCAUGACGUGUUUCCGUCUGAAAAGUCCGCAUCACACCGUCAGCUAAUUUCAUGAACCAAAUAUUGCUGUUUUGUGUUUUUAUCAAGGUACAACAUAUUUCUCUGGUGAUGUGUUUUUUCAACAUUGUAUACAUUGUGUAAAUUUUAUUAUCUUUGUAAGCUGUGCUUAUAUGACCUUUUCAGUGCCUAUAUGUUUUCCUUGACGUCAUUGAAUUUACUUUUAUGUUGUUUUCUUUUUUGUUUUCUUUUGUUGCUUAGUUUGGGCUCUGAAGCAAACUUGGAAUAUGAGUGCUUUCCUCCGGUCAAGUUUACAUUGGCUUUGUAAUUGUUCUCUGUUGAUGUUAUGUUUAUGUGAAACUUAACUGCAUGACGCAGAGUGUAAUUAUAUGGCAUUGAUAGCUGCAGAAGAACCUUGUAACCUUUGUGUUCCUUCCAUUUGUUAUUAUUGCCUGCAAAAAACUAACUCAUACAAAAAGGGUUGUACAGUCGUACUAUAAUACCACUCCUGAAGCAAUUCCAUAUACUUUUGACCAUAAUGUUGUGUAAUUAGGAAAUGGCCAUUUUUAUCUGACUGGUCUGUGCUUUUUUUUGGCUUACAGAACAUUUUUGUAGAAAAGGGCCUGAAAAGCUGCAGAAAACAUUACUGACUGUAAGGUGUAUUUUGUCUUUUGUGGUUCUUUCAUAGCAGUUUUGAUUUGUUUUUCAUUUGUGUAUGGUUAUUUGGUUGGUUUUUCCUCAUUUACUUCUUUGGAAUAAAAAAGCAAUACAUGUAGCUAUA